AGUAAUGUUUAUCGAAUAUGUUUACACUGCGAAGGCCUACGGAAGAACAUGUUCCAAAAUUGAGUUGAGCUGGUUACAGGAAGUGGCUCCGCACUUACUUGGAGGAUACAAAGUGAAUAUCAACGACUAGGGUCACAAAAUUUAGAAUUGGAAUAAUCCAGAAUGCAUGAGUUUAAAUUCAAUUUAUACAAAUAAAUAUUUAUAGGUUAUAAUUUAACUACAUUGUCCCAGCUUAGUUUGGGUUUUCGCGCGAACGAAACACCUAAUCUAUUCGUCUUAGCCUCAUCUCAGGACAGCAUCUCCGAGAAUUUAACAUCGCGAUGGAAAUAGAAAAGCCAUUACCUCCUAUAUGGGCCUUGCGAGAUUUUACCAGUGCUGAACAUGAACUGAAAAUAGCCAACAAUAAACAUGUGGCUAGGUACGGAUAUAUCCUCUUAGCACUAACAUGGACGUUAUUUAUUGUCACGGUUAACACACUCUUCAAGUGCUGGCUUUGGGUCAUUCAUCCGCUCAAAUUACAUGAAGAAACAUUGGAGCUCUAUGUUUCAAUCAAACGAUGGUGUGAACGAAUAGACUACGUGGUCACAAGUCUUUGGUGUGUAUACGUGAUUGCGUGGUGGUGGGCUCUAUUUUCAUGGGUAGGAAUCAAGCUUUUCCGCCACUCAAAAGGAAUACAGAUAUGAUAUCAGCUAUUGAU